UUGAAACAGUAGUGUCGCUGGGUCAAAUAAUUGGUGCAACUGGAACGUAAUUUUUCACUUAUUGUCAAGUACGAGUGCUCGCGAAUGCUUAUAGUGAUCUCACAUCAAAAUAUUUCAUCAUUCCAAUCGACGGAAAUGGAACGUCAAUUGCAGACACGAUAUUAGCAGUGAACGUUUUUUCAGCAAAGAAAAAAAAAAAACAAAAACAAAUUUUAAUAAAUAUAUAGGAAAAAAAAAUGGCGUCGAAAAUUCGAAAAUGCGAUUAUUGUAAUCAAAAUAGAACGGAAAUUAAAAAUUAUCCCGGACAUCCGGAAAAUGCAGUCGAGGAAUAUAUAACAUUGACAAAUCCGGAACUUUGUUUAUUUAAUGGCGAUGAAAAUAAUCUCAUUGAAUAUGAUCAGUGGCCACAACAAAAGAUAACAAAAUUUUCCGUCUACGAUGAAAAAGGACAUCUCUGUCAAUUUGACACUGGUCUUAUUGAAAAAAAUGUGAAAUUAUUUUUCUCCGGUUAUGUUAAACCAAUUUAUAAUGAUGAUCCAUCUAUUGAAAAUGGUUUUCCAACAAAAGAUCUUGGACCAAUUAAUGAAUGGUUUAUUUCUGGUUUUGAAGGUGGUGAAACGGCAUUAAUUGGUUUUAAUACAGAAUUCGCGGAAUAUAUUCUCAUGGAACCAGCGGAAAUUUAUAAUUCAUUUAUGACACCAAUUAUGGAAAAAAUUAAUACAAGUAAAUCAGUCAUUGAAUAUUUAUUAGAUGAAAUUGAUCCAUCAUUUGAGGAUCUUUUGGAUAAAUUUGAUGCCGAAUUACUUAUUAAACAUUCACAAUUUAUUUGCGAACAAGUUUUUUCAUUUGAUACAUCAGCUGAAAUUGAUGACACCAUGUUGAUUACAAAAUCAUGUAUGAGAUCUUUAAUUAAUCUCUCGGGUGUUAAUUUGGAAAAUCCAAAUUCUCAUCUCCGGCGAACUGAAGCGAAAUGUGAUAAAAUUAUUGUGAAUCAACUCAUCAAAAAAAGGCAAAAAAAUAAAAAAUUAUUAACAAAUGCAACGACAACGCCAUUAGUUAGAGAUACAUUUGAAACAUUUUUUCAUGGAAAAAAAUUAAAUAAUUUUGAAUUAGAUAGAGAGAAUGGAGAAAAUAUUUUUACAAUUUUUAAUAAAGAUGCAAAAUGGAUUGGCGAAUCAAUUGGUGAAGACAAUGAACGUGUCUUUUAUGAAAAGGCAAUUUUAGGCGAUGAUGUGAUUCAAAUAAAAGAUUGUGUUUUAAUUGAAGUGAAUUCAUCAGCUCAGGUAGCUCGUAUUUUUUAUAUGUUCGAAGACAAAGCGGGCAAUAAAUUAAUCCACGCUAAUUGGUACUGGAGAGCCGCUGACACAAUUCUCGGUGAAACUGCUGAUGAGUUUGAAUUAUUUUACAGUGAGAGGUGCGAUAAUAUUGCAUUUAAUACAAUUUCCCAUAAAGUUGAUGUCAUUUCUAAUGAUAGUGAUGAGAAAUUUUUUUGUAACAAACGAUAUUUGGAGAAUAGUGCAAGAUUUGAGGAUCCAAUUACAAAAAAUUUUAAUUUCUGUCAAGCAUGUUUGGAAUUUACAUCAAAAAAAUAUAAAAAUAUUCCUCGUGUUUUUGAAAAAAAUGGCGAAGAAUUUGAAAGAGUAUUAUAUGGUUUGAUUAAAUUUAAAAAUGAAAAUUUUCGUAUUAAUACAGGUGUUUAUUUAAAACCCGGAAGUUUUAAAUUUAAAAAUGAGAAAACAAAAAAUGAGAAACAAAAGGAUAUUUCAAAAAAUAUUAACGAAGAUAUUUAUCCGGAAUAUUAUCGAAAGGUAAAAAUUAUAGAUUCAAUACCUGAACCAUUUGAUAUUGGUGUGAUAACUUCUAUUUUUGGUAGUAGAGCAAAAAUUGUUCCACCUGGAGAAAUUUGGAUUAGAGUUCGUAAACUUUAUCGACCGGAGAAUACGUGUAUGAAUAAAGAAUCAAUACGAAAAUUAGAUUUAAAUUUAGUCUAUUGGAGUGAAGAGGAAAUUGUUGUACCAUUUUUUAAUGUUGUUGUUGGUAAAUGUUAUUUGGCAUUUGAGGGAAAUUUUAAAAAAGAAUUAUUAACGGAAGGUAGUGAUCGUUUUUAUUUUUCCAAGACUUAUUAUCCAGAGGAGAAAUUAUUUGGUGAUGUAUCAAAAUCGGCAAAGGAGUUUUUACAAUUUGGGAAUAAUUAUCCAAAGGUGAGGAAAUUAGCGACUUUAGAUGUAUUUGCAGGUUGUGGUGGACUAUCGGAAGGAUUAAAACAAUCGGGUGUUAGUGAAGUGAAAUGGGCUAUUGAAAAUGAUAAAUCGGCAUCAGUGGCGUAUGGUUUAAAUAAUUCGAAUGUGAAAAUAUUUAAUGAUGAUUGUAAUUAUUUAUUGAGUCAAAUAAUGAAAGGGAUAUUUGAAAAUGAGGAGGGUAUUAAAUUGCCACGGAAAGGUGAGGUUGAAAUUUUAUGUGGUGGUCCACCUUGUCAGGGUUUUAGUGGUAUGAAUCGUUUUAAUUCGAGGGAAUAUUCGUUUUUUAAAAAUUCCCUCGUUGCUACUUAUUUGUCAUACUGUGAUUAUUAUCGACCAAGAUUUUUUAUAAUGGAAAAUGUACGUAGUUUUGUGUCAUUUAAAAAGAAUAUGGUUUUAAAAUUGACGCUACGCUGUUUAACACGUAUGGGUUAUCAGUGUACUUUUGGAAUUUUACAAGCGGGAAAUUAUGGUGUACCACAAACUAGACGAAGAUUAUUUAUCAUUGCAGCAGCUACGGGUGAAAUUUUACCUAAUUUUCCCGAACCAAGGCAUUGUUUUAGUAAAAGAGGUUGUCAAUUGACAAGUUUGGUUGAUAAUAAAAAAUAUUUGACAAAUUGUGAAUGGAUGGAAUCGGCACCAUUGAGAAUGGUGAAUGUAAGGGAUGCUAUUUCUGAUUUGCCAAUAAUUAAUAAUGGUUCGAAUUUAGAUGCAAUGGAUUAUGAAACAUUUGCUGAGACGGAUUAUCAAAGAAAGUUGAGAGGAAAUCAAACAAUACUUAAGGAUCAUAUUUGUAAGUUAAUGGCGCCAUUGGUACAAGCAAGAAUAGAAUUGAUUCCAAAGAAUGGAUCAGAUUGGCGAGAUUUGCCAAAUAUCAUUGUUGAAUUGAGUGAUGGGACUUGGUCCAAGAAACUCGAGUACACUUAUCAUGAUGAGAAAGCUGGAAGAAGUUCGACUGGUGCACUUAGAGGUGUUUGUAGUUGUUGUCUUGGCAAAAAAUGUGAUAUUUCUGAUAAGCAGUAUAAUACAUUGAUUCCUUGGUGUUUGCCACACACUGGAAAUAGACACAAUCAUUGGGCUGGAUUGUAUGGAAGACUUGAGUGGGAUGGAUUUUUUUUCACUACAAUUACAAAUCCUGAGCCAAUUGGAAAACAGGGACGUGUACUUCAUCCUGAACAAAAUCGUGUUAUUAGUGUUCGUGAAUGUGCUAGAUCACAGGGAUUUUCUGAUAAUUAUUUAUUUUAUGGUAAUAUUGUUGAUAAAUAUCGUCAAGUUGGAAAUGCCGUUCCACCGCCGGUUGCCGCUGCAAUUGGACUCGAAAUUCGAAAAUGUCUUGGACUUAGAAAUUAAUUUUAGAUUUUAUUUUUUUUUAAGUGUUUUUUAGAAUUGUAAGAUUAUGUUAAGAAUUAGUAUUAAUUCAUCUGAUAAUUUUGUUUGCUCCUCUAUAGUUACAAUUUUUAGGACAUUCGAAAAUCAGAAUUAAAGUCUGAAAUAUUUAUUAAGAAAAAUUAUUACAGGGUAUUAGUGUUAAAAUAAAUAUUUAAAAAUAAGAAUAAAAUUUUUACUAAAUGUAGAAAA